AUGAAGAAGAGGCUCGAUGAGACGCUUCGGAAGUAUGCCGAGCAUUAUUGGCAGUUGUUUAAUGAGAUACCUGGCGUCAACCAAUAUUGGGCAGCGAGAAAUUUCAAGAACGGAUUGGAAACUGGUAGCAAGAUUCUUUAUGAACUAGCAAUUCGGGCCCAUCAUGGGAUGAAUGAGCUCAUGAGGACGAUUGAACAAUUAUGUUCCUACGAAGAGUUUCUUGCCGAGCGAGAACUCCAAGGAGGGCAAACCUCCACUGUCCCUCAAAGCCUUCAUGUGCCUACUCCUCAACUCGCGGCUCCGAAACCUGUGGUACCAGCCCAGCCGAAGAAGCAGCCGAACCCACCAAAGCUCAAUACGGAGGCAGGCAAUGACAACAGUCAGAAAAGAUGCUCAUACCACAACGAGCUCGGUCAUUACACGACGGCGUGUGCUCUUUACAAGGCCCUUUUGGAGAACCUGGUGGCUCUAGGACUUCUUGACAAUCACAUUGACUGGACAAAGACCCCGAGGCGACAACCGAAUGCCGGAGGUCCAAAUCCUGUCCCACGACCACAGUAG